UACGUUAAACUCAAGUCAAUGGGAUUUGGGUGAUGAAACCGGAUCAUUAUCACUAAAGAAAAUGAAACUGUUUACAGAUCAAGGAAAUUUUAAGUCUUUGAAAGUGAUAGCAGCUCUGGAGUUAACUGGGCUUCGUUAUACACUUGAGAAGUGCGGACAUGAAGAUCGUGUGGUUCCAUACCUGUCCAAUCCCUCCCUACCUGUCCUAGAGGUCAGUCCCCAGAGGUUCCUCUUCUCACCUAAUGCUGCCACCAGGUAUGUAUUAAACAAGAAGUCAGAAGAGGAUGACCACAAUGUAGACAAGUGGUUGGAGUGGGAGAGUUCACAGCUUCAGCCUUACCUAGUCCGUUACCUUGUCAGUGUAAUAGUUCACAAGAAACCAGACACAGAGUCUCUCAACAGAAUACAGCAACUUCUCAAGUUCCUGAAUGCUGAACUCAAAAGUAAAUCAUUGUCUAAGAUAAAGGACUCUGCAGCUGACCUGGUUCUGUGGGGUUCACUAUUCCCAGUGUUUAAGGGAACUGCAGAAAUUAAAGGUUGGGAGAGCCAGUACUCAAACAUCAAGACUUGGUUUAACUCUGUGAACAGUCUGCCAUGUUGUCAGACAGCAUUAUCUAAAGUUAUACCUGGGGAAGAUACCACCUGUCUAAAGGGUUCACUGAGUGCUCAGCCUGUUCCUCUUCUGGAGCAGGAGACCAGGUCAGAAGAACCAGUCCAAAAGGCAAAGCCACAGAAAGGCAAGAUGGAAAAACCAGCAGAAAAUACUACAGCUGAGGAAAGUCUGCUUGUAAAAGAAGCAUCACCUGAGGAAAUUCAGACUGCAAAGGAAUCCUGGAGGACAGGCAAAUCAAAGUGUCUUCUACCCAGAAAGAGGAAACAUCCCAUUUUACCAAAUUCAGGGGAGAGAAAUCUUUUGAUCACAAGUGCUCUCCCCUAUGUAAACAAUGUGCCUCACCUUGGUAACAUCAUUGGCUGUGUUCUUAGUGCUGAUGUCUUCUCAAGGUAUUGUCGCUUGAGGAACUACAAUUGCCUGUACAUUUGUGGGACAGAUGAAUACGGAACAGCAACAGAGACAAAAGCCAUCGAGGAGGGUCUUACUCCGCGGGAAAUCUGUGAUAAAUACAACAAAAUCCACACGGAAAUCUACGAGUGGUUCAACAUUUCCUUUGAUGAAUUCGGCCGUACUUCUAUACCAGAACAGACUAAGAUUGCCCAGGAGAUAUUCUGGAAGCUAGAAAAUAAUGGAUUUAUACUCAGGGACAGUAUAGAACAACUGCAAUGUCAAAAAUGUCUGAGGUUUUUGGCUGACCGCUUUGUGGAGGGCACCUGUCCACUCUGUGGGUAUGAUGACGCUCGCGGUGACCAGUGUGAUGGUUGUGGGAAAUUACUGAACGCUAUUGAUCUAAGGGACCCCAAAUGUAAAGUUUGUCAAGGAAUACCGAUGGUCAAGUCUUCACAACACUUGUUUCUGGACUUACCAAAGAUUGAGAGUAAGCUUCAGACUCACCUUAACACAGUGUUUGAUAAAGGGAUCUGGACAAACAAUGCUCGAGUGAUAACAAACUCAUGGUUAAGGGAUGGACUCAAACCCCGCUGUAUCAGUCGAGAUCUCAAGUGGGGCAUUCCUGUACCCUUAGAAGGGUUCACUGAUAAAGUGUUUUACGUAUGGUAUGAUGCCCCGAUUGGAUACAUAUCUGCCACAGCUUGUUACACUGACCAGUGGGAAAAGUGGUGGAAAAACCCGAAACAGGUUGAGCUGUUUAACUUUCUGGGCAAAGACAACGUUCCUUUUCACUCUGUGAUAUUCCCCUCCACACUGCUGGGAGCUGAUGAUAAUUACACAAUCGUGAACCACAUGUCAGCUACAGAAUACCUGAAUUAUGAGGAUACAAAGUUCUCCAAGAGUCGAGGGACAGGGGUGUUUGGUCACCAGGCCAAAGAGACAGGAAUCCCUGCUGAUGUCUUCAGAUUUUACCUGUUGUAUGUCCGACCAGAAUCACAGGACAGCAGCUUCAGCUGGGAUGAUUUUCAACUGAAAAACAACAGCGAACUACUGAAUAACCUGGGAAACUUCAUCAACAGGGCAUUAAUGUUUGUCAGUAAUAACUUUGGAGGACAGGUUCAGGAAAUGAACUUGACAGAAGAAGACUUCAACCUGUUGGCUCUGGUCAACAGAGAACUGCAGACAUACAUAGACAACAUGGAACAAAUCAAAUUGAGGGACUCGAUCAGAAAUAUCCUUAGUAUAUCAAGGCUGGGGAACCAAUACAUGCAGGCCAACAAGCCUUGGGUCCUGGUGAAGGGCAGCCAAACAGACAAAACUCGAGCUGGUACAGUGGUCAGUCUCUCAGCUAACUUGGCAACUCUUCUGUCCGUACUUGUCCAGCCGUACAUGCCAAUGGUCAGUGCCACCAUCCAGGAUCAGCUAAAGACUCCAGCAGAAUGUAACAUCAUCCACAGAGAGUUUGUGUGCCAUCUUCCUCCAGGACAUAAAAUUGGCAAGCCCAGUCCACUGUUUGAAAAAAUAGAGUCGUCCAAAAUUCAGGAGAUGAAGAAACGAUUUGAGGGGGAACCUGCUCCACAGAAAUCUUCCAAAAAAGUUGUGUCAGGAAGUACAGAGGAAAUUCAGAAACUGAAUGAUGAAAUUUCAGCUCAGGGAAAUGUUGUGAGGGAUCUGAAAGCUAAGAAAGCAGAUAAAUCUGUGAUUAAUGUGGAGGUGACAAAGUUACUGGCCCUAAAGAAGAAGUUAGUAGACAUCAGCGGGGAGCCAGCACCAGGGGGAGGCAAACAGAACAGCAGCCAGCCAAAGAAGGCAUCAGUGAAGGAGAAUAAGAAAGCUGAAGUCCCUGCUGUUAAUGGAGCUGUAGACAGUAAAGAAGUAGAGAGGCUAACCGAGGCUGUAACUAAACAGGGAUUAAAGGUGCGGGAUUUGAAAUCCCAGAAAGCAGAGAAAUCCCAGAUUGACUCUGAGGUGGCAGCGUUACUUGACCUAAAGAGACAGCUAGCUGUGGCCCAGGGUCAGGACCCAGAGGCCCUCACAGGGGGAAAGGGGAAGAAAGGGAAAAAGAAAUAAUCAUGGGCCCUCAAAGGGAGAACUGGAAAAAAGACAAGCAGAAGAAAAUUCAGAUUUUAUAAUAAAGAAAGGCGAAAUCUAUGAGAGAUAGGAUUAAGUGAUGAUUUAACCUUGACAGCAUGUUUAGAAUGUUAUUAUGAAGUUGAAAAUUUGACUGUUAAAUGAUAAUUUAAAAAAAAUAUAU